ACUUUAGCUUAAUGGAAUUUAAGUAUAUCACAACUUUGUUUUUACUAUUGUCACUAUUGACAGAAAAUGCAGUUAGUAAAAUAUCAUGCAGAAGGCGACACCCGACAAAAGAUGUCAUGAAAUUCAAAAUCAAUAGAACCUGGAAUAGUUGGCCAAUAGACCACGACCCAGUUAUAAUCACAUUAGAUCGAGACAGAUGCAAAAAUGUGGUAAUGACUGUUGAUGCACCUUUCUUUAAUGAUCCAGCUAAUCCUGGUGGUACCCCUGGUCAACCAUUUCCUGGACUAUGGGAUUAUGAAGUUGCAGAGGCGUUUUUUCUUAAUGAUGCCGAUAAUUAUUUAGAAGUUGAACUGAGUCCACAUGGCCAACACUUAGUUCUUUUGUUGCAUGGAGUAAGGAAUAGUUUUAAACAACAACUACCAUUAUCUUAUACAGCUACCAUAAACAAUAAAAGGUGGUCUGGGAGAGCGACGAUACCUGAAAUUUAUUUCCCUCCAAAAGUAACUAAAUUCAAUGCUUAUGCAAUCCAUGGGUCAGGGAAUUGUAGAAAGUAUGAAUCACUCUAUCCUGUUCCAACAGGAAAAUAUACAGAUCCUGACUUUCACAAAUUGAAUUAUUUUCAAUCGAUCAAUUUUAAAAGAGUGCUACCUAUUAACUGGAGUCAUCGAUAUGCCUCAGAAGAAUGGAAGACAUACUACCCAAUUCGUAAAUACACAGGGAAAUAG